AGAGUAGCUUCCCUUAGAUGUUGGUGUAGUGGCCGAGACUACGCAUGCGAAAAUGCUGCGGCGUGUUUUAAUUUCACUUCACAAGCUAUCGCUCCCGGAACGGUAUUUACUCGUUUGUCAACCUCGGCGCACUGUUUCCCUAAGCAGUUGUGCUUUUGCUGAGGAAAAUAAUAAUGAACUAUCAUCAUCAUCAUCGUCAGACUCGGAAUCAUCUGAUUCAGAUACUGAAAAGGGAGCUCAAGUGGAUCAAGAAUUACAGAAGGCAGCAGAGUCAGUUGCAAAGGCUGUGCCAGGACGACAGUCUGAAGUGAAGUCGAAUCUUCUACAGCAGCUCAAGUCCUAUGCUUUGCUCAGCAAGAGGCAAGCUGAAGGGCAGCCUCCCCCAGAUGUAGCAGCCAAAGUGAGCAAUUUGCUGAGUGGUAUGCGGGUGGCUCAGCAAAGGAAAGCAGAGGCUGACAGGCAAGCCACUUAUGAUGAGCUUCAAACAGGAAGAGAAAGAAGACCCAAAAUUUCGCAGCAAAGAGGCCCAACUAGGCAGAUCUCCCCUGAGAUAGAAGCAAUGAAGCUUUUUCAUGGGCCAGACUUAGGCAUCUUCACAGCUGAUGUGGACCAGAAGGCAAUGAGCAGUGCUGCUGCUGCUGCUGGAGAACCAUCGAAACCUGACCUCUGGUCGGAGCUUUACCAAGCACAGCUGAUGCGGGCUAAACGUCAGUCCCCUUCAAAUGCGUUUGAAGAGAUGAUUGAAUGGACAGAUAGUGGCAAACUGUGGACCUUUCCCAUAAAUAAUGAGCAAGGGAUGGAUGAAGUCAAUGUGGGAUUCCAUCAACAUGUUUUCCUUGAAGAUCAGAUCACAGACUUCCCCCGUCGUGGCCCAAUCCGGCACUUCAUGGAACUUGUUAUUAUAGGUCUCUCCAAAAACCCUUACUUAACUGUGCAGCAAAAACAUGAACAUAUUGAUUGGUUUAGGCAAUAUUUCAAAGAGAACAAAUCAGUAUUGGAAGAAACCUUGGGGAAAGAUGGAAUAAUUGGUGAAUCUGCAAGCACAAACUGAAUUUCAUGGAUGAGUAUCAUCACUGUUUAAAUGGAGAGUAUGAGUUGUAAUGCAUUUUGUAAACAUAAAUUGCCAUAUUCAUAGUCUUGAUGUUUCAUACCUAAGAGUGAUUUUGUAAUCAGUGGCUCAUUAUAUGCGACAUUAUGACAUCUUUGCAAUGUUAUAAAAUAUAUACUGCUUCUGGAAGCAUGUGAAAAGAAAUAAAUUGAGUUGCACUGGUUUAAUUUUUCUUUUUAA